AUGGCCGACACCUUCUGCCCACCACAAGCCCUGUCUUCGCUGGUACGAGGACAGCAGCACACGCUUAAUCCGAUAAUAGAGGAGGACUGCGAGGAUGGCAGGACCAACGAUCAUCAUAAAGGACCGACGAUGCGUGCCAACCAUAAUCUCAAAAUCCAGGCAUGGCUGUCUCCCAUGAGCGACCACUUUCCCACCCCGAGGGGCAUCAACUACCUCUCGGCUCCGAUCCUGCCCUCGUCGCCUUCUUCCUCGUCCGCCGACCACAGCUCUCCGACCAAUUCGUCCAAUCCUUGGAACCGUAUGAGCUGCGCCACCGACCGCACCGACUUCGAGGAUCUUUACGAUGCUACCGAUGAUGAUGAAUGCGAUGUCCAUCGCCACAGUCACCAGAGGGUUUCGCAUCAUCACAAAACGUCGUCAUCGUCGUCGGUGACGAAGCUGCCGAGCAUCCAGCGGGGAUCGUCUACCGUUUAUGAUCACCGCGAUGGCGCUCCCUUGAACUCCCCGACCCGUCUCAUCAUUCCGGAUGACCGGCAGCCUACAGAAGAGCACAAGGCUACCAUGAAUGAGUUCAAGAAGAUUGUGGCGUCGCCUGUUCCUCUGACACCAUCGGCGCAGCUGCCCAUGUCGCCCGCACAGCUGAAGUUCAUGGACAAGCAGCAGGCUCAGCAUGUUCCUACAGACUCAGCUCCCCCCUCUCUCGACGGCAGCCUCUCCUCCGAGCAGCUCGCCGCCAUGAGCGCUCCGCCCACCCCGGUCAUGGACAACGACGACGAUUCCCAACCCGACGAGAAUUGGUCAGGUGUCCAACUGCAACCGGGUGCGCUCGAGACCCUCCAGUCUCUCUCCUUCUCCGGCGACGACGAGGCGAACCAGCAUGCUCAUGAGCAUCCGGACCGGGUGCUCGAGAUUCCGCGUCAAGAACCGUGGCACGAGCACCCUCAGGAGAUGCGAGAGCAGCAGCGUCAACAGAAGAACCCAGUUCUUGAUCAGGGUCGGAGGCCGCCCUGUGAGAUGCAGCAGCAGCCACAGCAGCAGCCUCUCCGCCUCAUCACCAGCUUGAGGCCCGCCUCCACUUGGGAUUUCGGCAUGUCUACCGAUCCAAGCAGAAAGUCCCUCGCGGGUCUGACCAAGCUCGACAUUCCGUCUCCCGGAGGCUUCUUCUCAGAACUCUCUCCCCGGACUAGGUCAACAUGGCACAUUGGAACCAAGACCCCCGACGCCAUGGUGCCCCCAACCUCGACCACGGCCGAGCAGUUCUACCGUUGCCCCUGGAACACGGAUACCUCACUCUCCAUCCCGCCCGUUCCUCAGAGGCCAGACUCAGCUGAGGGCUUCUAUCGCGAUGCCAUGAUAGCUUCGCCAUCUCAGAUCGUUGAGCAGAUGGUGGAGGUGAUUCCAGAUGACGUCUUGUCCGAUGACAUGCCCACAGCGAAGCCCGUCCUCCAGCACCAGAAUUCGGACGAGUCUGGCGCCACAAUCAAGCCUCCCAAGUCUCCCGGCUGCGAUUCACCCACCGAGAUCGUUUUAGACUAUGACCCCAAGUACGCUCGCAAGCAGCAGGAGACAGCGCUGUCCAACCUUGGUCGCACUGAGCUGUGGCUACUCGCGCAGCGCGCGUACCUCAAGGAUUUCGACCAAGACAAGAAAGCCGGGAAGGAGGAGGAUAAGGAAGACGGCGAACUAACAACUAUUAUCGAGGCCCCCGAGGCUGAAUCACCUCGGAAGCUCCCGGCCACUGCUGCAGAGGCGUCUCAGCCAGAGACCAAGGCCGAGGUGACGCCGCCGAGGAAGAAGAGCGUGCGCUUCUCCGAGAUGAACUCUGUCGUCUCGAAGCCUAAGUCUCUGCCGUCCAAGCUUCUUCGCCAGGAGUCCGCCUACUACCGGGCCUUUCUGAACUAUGUCGUGAAGGCACACCGACAAGAUGUGUUUGUUCACCAGCUGGUCCGUUUCGAGGCUCUGCAAGGCCAGAGGAUCUCGCUCCGCGAUGCACACCGUAACCAGCUACUUGGAAAAUACCAGCUCAGCGUCGUUCCCCAGUCCGCGAAGAAGAGGCUCAGCACCAACGUGGUGCGUGGCGAUGAUUCCCUCACGGACGACCUCGACAAGAUCCGUCGGGAGAAGGAGUUUGAGGCAGCCUGUCAGAUGGCGAUGCCGACCUGGCACGUGGCGGCGAUGAGGUUCCUCAACGGCGGCCGUCUGAUUACGGCGCCGGUGACGAAGCGGCUGGCUCGCAUGUCGCUUCCCAAGGCCGGAUCUGGUGGUGCCUCGCGUGAGCGCCCGCGCAUCCUGGACCUCGGAGGCCAGUCGACGUGCGACUGGGCGUGGCACUGCGCGCUCCAGUACCCCAACGCCAAGGUGUACACGGUGACGACCAAGACGAUCCGCCAGCUCUCCAAUGCCAACAUCCGGGGCCCAGCCAACCACCGCCAGGUCGCCGUGGAGCGCCUGUCGCGCCUCCCCUUUCGGGACAACCACUUUGACUUAGUCUACGCCCGCGAGCUGCACAGCAUCCUCAAGUUCGUCGGCGAGAACGGCGAGGAUGAGUGGGAGACGUGCCUGCGCGAGUGCAUGCGCGUUCUCAAGCCGGGCGGCUACCUCGAGUUCUCCCUACUGGACUCGGAGCUGAUGAAUGCUGGUCCCAUGGGUCUAGCAAAGAGUGUCGAGUUUGCCUUUACGCUCAAGACGCUCGGCUACGAUCCCAGCCCGUCCAAGCUGUGGCUGAACCGCCUUGCCCGCGCAGGAUUCCAGGACACCCGACGCAUGUGGAUGUGCCUCCCCGUCGGCGCUAAGCGCGCAGGCAUGAACCCUCCUCUGUCGUCGUCGACAAGCUUCCCCGGAACGACUGGCAAGGCCGCUCCGACCAUGGGCAGCACCGACAACAUUGCCAACGUGUGCGGCAUCGUUGGCGGGUGGAACUGGGAGCGUUGGCUCCUGCGCUGCGAGAUGGAGAAGGUGGCUGGUGAGAUGAGGCUGGUCGACACUGUGACGGCCGGAGCUGCCAUGCACGAGGCUGGCAAGUGUCUGGAGAGUGUCGCCUCGGUCAUGGAGGAGGGAAGGAACUGCAGGUCGGCGUUCCGCAUGCUCAACGGGUAUACACGGAAGCCGUUGGAGUGA